UCAUCGACCCAACUCCUCCGCCUGACAGUGUGCCUAAGGUAGACGAAUCAUACAGGAAAUCUUCCUCCCGCCGUAAGAAACAAAAGACCGAGUACGACAUAACUUCUGAUCAAUACCAAGAACUUCGUGAAGCAUUUGACUUGUUUGAUACCGAUGGUUCUGGCUCUAUUGCUGCGAAAGAGCUCAAGGUGGCAAUGAGGGUUUUGGGGUUCGAAGUUAAACGGGAUGAAGUCAAGCAGAUACUCGCACAAGUUGAUGGAAGUGGUAGAGUGGACUUUGAUACGUUUUUGAAAGUUGUUUCCGAGAAAAUGUCUCAGCGAGAUAUAAGGGAAGAACUUCACAAGGUGUUCCUCCUAUUCGAUGAUGAUGAAACCGGUAGAAUUACCUUUGCCAACCUCAAGCGUGUUUCACGUGAACUCGGAGAGGACCUCACGGACGAGGAAUUACAAGAAAUGAUCGAUGAGGCAGAUAAGAAUGGCGAUGGAGAAGUCGAUGAGGGGGAAUUCAUUACCCUUAUGUUGAAACUAAACUUAUUCUAA